UCCUCUGGAGGUCUCAAGCCCCUUGCGCAGACGCUGCGCGUGCCCAGAGGGAGGAUGGCAGGCUUCGGUCACUCCUCCCCGCGGUCCUACCUGGACCUCUGGGAACCCGCACAGCCCGGCGAAGAGCAAGAGUCCAAGCGGCGGCUGGGCGGACAGAGGUCUGUAGCCGAUCCUGCCGCGUGCUCCUGGGCCGGGACUCCAGGUGCAGAGAGCGAGGAUGCGGCGCCCUGGCUGCACCCGCACUGUUCGUUCACCCCACGCCCUGGCAGACGCGAGUGCCCAGACUCACCACGGGGCAGCCGAAGCCUGAGCGACGUGGCCUGCAGGCCACUGGACCGUGCCAGGAAGCACAGGCCUCGCAGCAGGCGCCUGGAAGAUGCCUGGGGAGAGGCAGGAACCAAGCCCCGCCAGGCCUGGCAGCCGCAAACCCAGCUGCCAGGCAAACGGCAGCAGCCCUGCCCCCAUUACCCUCUGGCCCAGGGAGACUCGCCCCCGCCUUACCCCGGAGGAGCUGGUACUCCCCUGAGUAGCACAUUCAGGAUAGAAAAGGCACAGGGUGGAGACCAGUGGGCAGUGCCGCUCAGCAGACGUCUAGGUCGCUGGUCCCCUUCCUCAGUUAUCUCAGAGCGGUCUUCUGUGCCCUCCCAAAAGUUCAGGCCGCACUCAGCCUGCGUGUGCGCCCAGAAGAGAGACAGCAGCGACCAGGUUGAGUCAUUGGCCAGCCAGGACUCCCAGCCCUUGGCCUCCAGCAAAGAGAUGCGGAGCCCACAUACCCAGGUGUUGAAGAACAAGCUGGAAGAGGCGGUGAUGUCCUCCCGGGACCAGCAGAUUGUGGCCCUGGUGCUGACCCGGCUCAAGAAGGCCCGACGGAUGCGGGAGCUGCAGCAGCAGGCAGCUGAGGCCUGGGAGGAGCUGAAGCGUUCAGAUCAGAAAGUCCAGAUGACCCUGGAGCAGGAGCGCCGGCUGCUGCUGCAGCAGAACCAGGAACAGUGGCAGCAGGAAAAGGAGCAGCGCAAGACACUCCCGAGCCGUGAGCAGCGCAGCCGGCGGCGCGACAGCCAGGGGAAGAACGUGCCCCCUGGGGAAAGCCCGUGGAAGGAGCAACCGGAGGACCAGGAGAACCCGUGCCAGGGGAAGCUGGAGAAGGCGCGCGCCCAGGCAGAGCACCGAAAGCAGUGCCAGGUACGGCGCCUGCGGGAGCAGGAAAGGAUGCUGCGGAACCUGCGGGAGCAGCACAGCCUGCAGCUGCAGAGGAGGCUGGCGGAGGCCUGUCGCAAGAGGCACCUGCAUGCCGCAGAGGGCCAGAAGAAGGUCCAGGACACCAACCUGAGCUCCCUCAUCAAUUACCAGGCCCGGAAGGUCCUCAUGGACUGCCAGGCAAAGGCCGAGGAGCUCCUUAGGCAGCUGUCCCUGGAGCAAGGUUUCCAGCGGUCCCAAGAGAUACACCAGUGCCUGAUGAAGGAGCGGCACCGUGAGCUGAGGGAGAAGGCCCAGAAGGAGGAGGAGCAGUUGCAGCAGGCCAAGUGGCGCGCAGGGGAGUCCGAGGAGCAGAGGAAGAUGCACAAAAGGAUUCUGGUGGAGCUGGCAGAUGAGAAGAUCCGGCAGGCCAGGAGUCACGUGCACAAGACCACCAGGGACAAGGUGCAGCACCUCCGGGAGCUCAACCACCUGCGUGAGAAGAACCACCACAUCCUGAAACUGAAAGCCGAGAAGGAGGAAAAGUGCCACAUUGAGGGCAUCAAGGAGGCCAUUAAGAAAAAGGAGCAGAGGGUGCAGUACAUUACCCCAGGGAAAGACCCAAACUUACAGGAGUUCCGGAAGCUCCCGCAGGCCUCCAGGAGAGAGAACAGAGGGCCUGGCAACAGCUCCCUUGAUCAGAUAGAACUAGAGGCACGGCUCCCUGCCUGUCAGCAGAAUGGGGGCUACUGAGAACCAAGGACGCCAGGCUUAGAGGGCGCAGCCAGAAGGAGAUAUGGCAAUGUGAUUCCUUUUAUAAUCUGAUUAUAAUUGAACAUUGAUUUUUAAAAAGCAUAUAAAAUUGCUGCAAUUUCC